UACAUACUUUCCUUCCAAGACAUCCAAGGCACCAGAAGCACUAGAACUCAAGAAUUCUCUCCAAUCUUUUCUACAGUUUACGCUGACUUCGAUUCAAUCCCAUAACGAAUUCUUCCAUGCCCGAAAUGGAGAAUUCGUUGUCAAAACCUAAUCCCCCACAGAUAUCCCAAAUGUUCCAGAAAUUCGCCAUUGCUUUCAAGACCAAAACCUUCGAGUUCUUCGCCGACGAAGAUAACGACCCUUCUGACUCCGAUGGUUUAUCUCUUCUAGACUCUGCUGAGGACUUCAUUCCCGACCAGAAAGUAGUCGUCAUCAAGCCAGAUAAACCUCCCCAUGCCAAAACCCCGUUACCGGGAUCACCAACGACUUCGCCGUUCAUUGAUACCUCGACCCAAAAGUUAUCUUCAGGCCAAACUCGGAUUAGGACUUUAAAUACCCAGAUCACCCAGAGCCUAAUUUCGUCGACUUUUGCCACUCUUUCUUCUUUUGAGGCUUCGUAUCUUCAGCUGCAGACUGCUCAUGUGCCCUUCGAGGAGGAGAGUGUGAAGACGGCUGAUAGGGCUCUUGUGUCGCAUCUCCGCAGACUUUCUGAUUUGAAGCAAUUCUUCAGGGAUUACUGCAAAAAUCCGGAUUUCGACGAAGAUUUGCCUCUUGGGUCUUGCUUGGAAGCUCAUGUACAAGAGAAUCAGAGCAAGCUUAGAGCACUAGAGACCGUCUCAAACAGGUUACAAGCAGAGAUUGAUCAAAAGGAUGCACAAGUUUCAGCAUCGAAGAAGAAAUUGAGUGAGAUUCAGAAGUCUAAUGAGAAGCUCUCGAAGAAACUAUCUGGUAAUUUGAAUUCAUCGCGUGAUGUUCUGUUAUCUGUUAAAGUUUUCGAUUCUUUGUUACAUGAUGCAUGUAGAGAAACGCAUAAAUUUAGUAAGAUUUUGGUUGAUUUGAUGAGAAAAGCUGGGUGGGAUAUGGAAUUGGCCGCGAAUUCUGUUCAUCCUGGUAUAGGUUAUUCUAAAAAAAGGCAUAAUCGGUAUGCUCUCCUAUCAUACAUUUGUUUGGGAAUGUAUCGAGGUUUUGGCUCGAAAAGCUAUGGUUUGAGUGACAGUGAAGUUGCAUGUAACGGGCAUAUUUCAGAUUCUGAUGAGAGUAAUGAUCCGUUGAUGCAAUUACUUGAGCAUGUAUCAAGCAAUCCCAUGGACUUGCUUAGUAGGAGACCUGAUUGUGAGUUCUCUAGAUUUUGUGAAAACAAGUACCAAGCUCUUAUUCACCCGACUAUUGAAUUAUCCAUAUUCAGCAAUUUGGACAAAAGAGAAGUAAUUUUGAACUCAUGGAGAUCGGUAUCUAUAUUCUAUGAGUCAUUUGUUAACAUGGCUAGUUCAAUAUGGACACUUAAUAAGCUGGCAUUUUCAUUUGAUCCUGUGGUUGAGAUUUUUCAAGUUGAAAGAGGGGUUGAUUUUUCAAUGGUCUACAUGGAAGAUGUCACAAGAAGAUGUAACUUUUCAAGUAAAGCUUGUGGGAAGGUAGCUUUCACGGUGGUUCCUGGGUUUAGAAUUGGCAGGACAGUGAUUCAGUCUCAGGUUUACCUAAGUGGGUUGAAAUGUACAGAAUAGUUAUACUUGGUUCCUUUUAGUGAUAAUGAGGCUUCUCCAUGUGGAGAUCAGCAAAUGAGAAAGCAAAGUUGUUUGGCUUUCAUUUUUAGUUUUGAACUAAAUCAUUUGAAGCUUGGAAUUGUUGAUAGAAUAUAGUAUGCAAGAAUACUCAUUAUUGAUAUUUGGAGGAUUGUAGGAUUAGCAAAAGCUUUACCUGAAUGAGCAUGGAAGGUACCCGUGCAGAGACUGAUUCACAAAGGAUAUUACUUCCUUGCUAUGCUGCUGCAUUGGAUCUGUAGGGGAGACUGGUAUGGCAGCUCUGCAGCUACCUUGCAGUAACUAUGUCGGUCUCGUCUUUCAUCUCAUUUCUUAUGUUUUUUAUGUUGCGUCCAUGUAUAAAUGGCUGCAAAGCAGUUUUUAGUAGGUUUGAUUUGAAAGUUCUCCGACAUGAAAGAUUAAUUACAAAUUCUGUAUCCACUCUAGGUUUUCAAAUAUAACAGUUUGACCUUGAAUAGCAUAGUAAAUGGCCAAUGCUUCCGAGUUGUGUCAUUAUGAUAUUGUGUAUCUACAUAUCCUUUACAAUGUAUAACGGUUUGUCCUUGAAAUGAGAAUUGUUCGAUGAUUCUAAGUUUUGUGACUA